AAGAAUUAUCCGAUAAUGAUGAUGCUGAUAAUAGAAGUGAUGAUGAUGAUGAUAAUGAUGAUGAUCACAAUAGUCAUCAUAAUAGCCGUAAUGGUCACAAUAAUAAUAAUAAUUCAUCAAUUAGUGAUAACGGUAUAGUAACGGAUAAUACGACAGCCACUGUUGCAGCAACAACAAUAUUGAAUGCAAUGAAUCGAUUAUCAAAAUCUGAUGAUUUAAAUGUUGCUGAACAAGCUACAGAAUUAUUAUCAAGACAUUUUAAACAACAGCAACAGCAACGAAAUCGACAACAACAACAACAACAACAUUUAAAUUCAGAUAAUGAUGAUAAUAAUGAUGGUGAUGAUGAUGAUGAUGAUGAUGAUGAUGAAAAACCAUCAUCACAACGUGAAACAGAUGAUACUUCAACAUUAAUGGAUGAUAUUGAUAUGAAUAGUUUUAAAUCUGAACAUCAUCAACGAGAAUUAAUGUUGGUAGCAAUGCAACGGCAAGCGGCACAAAUGGCUGCUGCUGCAGCAGCUGCCGGUUUACCUACUGCCGCACAUUUUGCUAAUCUUGCCGCAUCGGUUGGUAAUCUAGCUGCAUCAUCCGGUGGUUUCAAUACCAAUUCAUUUGGUCAUCAAUUGAAUGCAGCAUUUAUGAAUAAUCAUCACCAUCAUCCGCAUCAUAAUCAUCAUUCAUCCGCAUCCCCAAGUCAAACAUCAGGUUCAUCGAAUCAUUCAACAACAUCACCAUCAGCAUCAGCUUCUAUGCAUAUCCAAAGCAUUGAACCAGGAAAAGGCUAUACUUAUGAAGAACAAUUUAAACAGCUAUAUGAACUAAGUGAUGAACCAAAACGUAAAGCAUUCCUGGACGAUUUAUUUAGUUUUAUGCAAAAACGAGGCACACCAAUCAAUCGCAUUCCAAUAAUGGCUAAACAGGUACUUGAUCUAUACGAAUUAUAUCAAUUAGUAGUUGCACGUGGUGGUCUUGUUGAAGUGAUCAAUAAAAAAAUAUGGCGUGAAAUAACCAAAGGUUUAAGUUUACCAUCGUCGAUAACAAGCGCUGCAUUUACUCUUCGUACACAAUAUAUGAAAUAUCUAUAUCCAUAUGAAUGUGAAAAAGAAAAACUUAGCCAACCGGAAGAGCUACAAAUGGCCAUUGAUGGUAAUCGUCGUGAAGGAAGACGUUCAAGUUAUGGCCAAUAUCCUGAUUUAACUAAUUCACCACCACCACAACCAUUACAAUCAUCAUCAUCAUCAUCAUUGCAACCACCAACAUCUGCACAACAAUAUCUAAAUCGUAAUUCAUUGUUUGUAAAUAGUGGAUCAACCAAUAAUAAUGGCCAUUCAUCUUCACCAUUAAGUCUAGUCUCUAGACAUAUUCUCAAUGGUCAUCAUCAUAAUCAUCAUCAUCGAUCAUCAUCACAAGGUCAUUCUUCCGGAGAAGAAGAUAAUGCAAGCGUAUCAUCCAAUCAUACACCAUAUUCACAUUCGCUACCCGGUAGCGGAAGUAGUCAUCAUCAUCAUCAUCAACAUAAUCGCCUUAAUCCCAAUGAAGCGCUCAAUCUGGAGAUAACUCCCCGGAAUUCAUCUGCAACCAAUAUGGCUGGUAGUGGUAAUUAUAAUGAAACAACAAUGACCACAAGUUCAACAUCAGCCAAACUUGGUUCAUUAGAUAGGAAAACGAAUUACGAAGAUUUAUUUGGCGUUACGCCCAAUAAACGAUUCCAUAGCGAUGAGAAUUUUCUACUAAAUGCAUGUAACUUUCCAAGCACACAUCUUAAAAUAUCAAGUAAAGAUGGUCGAACUUUGGAUGGCCAAUUGACUGUUAGUAUGGAGAUAAAUGGCAUUCUUUAUCAUGGUAUAUUAUUUGCUCAAACCAACAAUACUAAUAAUAGAAACAACAGUGGCAACAAAUAAAUGACUCCAUCCACACACACACACACACACACAACGUUAUAUACUCAAUAAUUGAUUUAUUUCGAAAAGACCAAAAAGAAAAAAAUUUUUGCUCAUUAUUUCGAUUCGGAUUGGAUUGAUGGAUUGACCAAGCCAAUCAAUCAAAUCGAAUCGAACGAUUCCGCUUCAUCAUCAACAUAAACACAUCCAUCCUAA